CCGGGGGGCCCCGGCGGGUUUCGAACGCCCUGGAAGCGGCGGCUGGGUGGCCCCGGGUCCGAGUCGGAGCCUCGCGAUGGUGUCCGCGGGCGAGACCUCUGAGCGGGCCAGAGCGGGGAGCCGGGACUCGGGAGAGGGAGAGUGCAGAGAGGCACGGCCCGGGCCAAGUGCACGCGGCUCCCCGCAGCGGGACGGGAGAGACCCCCUGAAGAUCACGUGGAGUGACGCAGAGUCCAAGUUGCCCAGCCCGGCCGAGGAGUCCGACCAGAGGGCGACUGCGAGCCACUAUGAGCUGUUCGCGGCCACUGUGGGCAACGUGGAAUGGUUGCGGUUCUGCCUGAAUCGGGAUCGCGGCGAGAUCCUAGCCGACGACAAGGGCUUCACUGCCAUCCACUUCGCAGCCCAGCGGGGCAAGCUAGCAUGCCUGCAGGUCUUGGUAGAUGAGUACAAGUUUCCUGUGGACCUGCCCACCAAGAAUAGCCAGACCCCCUUGCACCUCGUCAUCCACAAGGACAACAAGACCAUGGCCCUCCCCUGCAUUCAUUACCUGCUCAAGAAAGGGGCUGCCCUCAACGCUCGGACAUGCAAUGGCUCCACACCCCUGCACCUGGCAGCCCGUGAGGACCUGCUGGACUGUGUGAAGGUCCUGGUGCAGAGUGGCGCCAAUGUCCAUGCCCAAGAUGCUACGGGCUGCAAGCCCAUCGACUACUGCAAAAUAUGGAACCACCACGCUUGUGCCCGGUUCUUGAAGGAUGCCAUGUGGAAAUGGGACAAGAAGGACUUUGCCCGGGAGAUGGUGAAACUGGAGAGGCUAAAGGACCAGCUGGCCCUCAUGGAGCAGAACUACCUAAUUGAGUAUCAAAAAAAGCAAAAAAUUCUGAGAGAAGCCAAUUUCAACAAGUGGCUCCAUUGCAAGCUGCUGCACCAACGCCACUCCCUGGCACCCAGUACCAAGCAAGCCCAAGCCAUCGCCGUCUCCAAGACCCCAGAGUACCAGGGGUCAAAGCCUUUCAAGAGUUUCCAUCCCUCCAUGGAGCUGCAACUGCAACCCAUACCACAGCCCAUGGUGACGCUCAAGCCCUACUACAGUCAGCCCGCGGUCAAGAGACCCAUGUUGUGGAAUCUUAGCAACAACCCUGCCACAUUCCCCACCACUGAUAUCAACUACCCACAGGGCAUCCGCUUGGGCGUGCAUCCAGACCCCAGCCGGGAGCAUGACUUCAGCAGGUUCCUGGAGGUGACACCCGAUGGGCACGGUGGUGCACAGCUGCACACAGUGGAUGGCCACUGGGUGGCGCCUGUUCCUCGGCUACCUUUUGAGGUGAUGGUCCGUAUGCUGCACCCAAGGAGACGGCCAUACAGGAUGAAGGUGCCCCAGGGCUUUUACCCCAUCAGCAUGAGGAAAGGACCCCACAAGCGACACUUGGGUGAUAACACCUUCUGGACCGACACCCUGGCCAUGAACCUGCGUGAAACAUUUGAUGAACCCUUCCUGGCAGCAAUGCGAGCUCAUCAAGGGCUCCCCACCCUGCCCUCCUCCAAAACCACCCCAUAA